UUCGACCGCUGAGUGUGGAGAUGCUGGGCUCCUCGCUGAACUCCAUGUCAUCUGAGCAGUCGUACGACCUCCUGUGUCGUACUUACGGCUCCCGACCGCCUGCCAAUAUCACCUGGUGGAUCGGGAGUAGACGCCUCACCGGACACAAACACGCGGCGGUGAGUCGCGGUAACGUCAGCAGCAGCUCCGUAUCGUUCCGACCCAGCGCCUCUCAGCACGGCCUGCCGCUCGUCUGUCGAGCCGAGAACGACCUCGUCUCCAACGGCAUCAUCGAGGACAGGAGGACUCUCAACGUCCGAUAUGCUCCACAAGUCAACCUUCGCCUAGGAAACGCCUUGGACCCGAAUAAAAUACAAGAAGGAGCUGAUGCUUACUUUGAUUGUGAAAUACAAGCAAAUCCCAAAAUUUACAGCGUCAAAUGGAAUCAUAAGGGUAUGCCGGUGUCGCCGAGUUCCCAGCUGGGGGUCAGCGACAUGGUCACCAUCAGCGACCGGAGCCUGGUGAUCCGCAACCUCAGCCGGCGCGCCUCUGGGCCCUACAGCUGCAGCGCUUCCAACCCGGAGGGCGAGGGCGUCAGCCGGCCGGUCCAUCUCAGCGUCAGGUACGCGCCCGUGUGUCGGCCGGGUCAGCCGCGGCGCUACGGGGUGACCCGCAGCCAGUCGACCCCGGUCACGUGUCAGGUGGACGCUGACCCGCCCCAGGUCACCUUCGCCUGGCGCUUCAACACGUCGCUGGAGACGCUGGACCUCACCAACUCAGCGGUGACCUCUGAUGGUUUGACGAGCACUAUAUCGUUUUUGCCUCGAGCGGACCAGGAUUAUGGACAGAUGAUCUGCAUGGCUACCAACAGCAUCGGCCGAAUGGUGCGGCCCUGUGUGUUCAACGUGGUCGCCGCCGGCCGUCCGGAGCCCCUACACGACUGCCUCGUGCUCAACCAGAGCUCCGAGUCACUAUCAGUCCGGUGCAAGGCCGGCUUCGACGGCGGGAUGGCGCAGCGCUUCGUGGCGGAGCUUCGCGAAGCGGCCGGUCGCCGACUGCUGCGCAACCUGACCCAGGCUGAGCCUGAUUUCUCGGUGCGCCACCUGCCUGCCGGCCUGCGACUGCGACUAGAGCUUUAUGCAGAGAACGACAGAGGGCGCAGCGAACCUGUUACCAUCGACGGUCUGACGCUGCAGGCGGCAGAGAAACGCGUCAGCAACGACGCUGGCUCCACCCAGCUACAGGAGGUGUCCAUGACCCCUGUGAUCGGAGUGCUGAUCGGAGGCGUGCUCUCCCUCCUGCUGAUCGCGGUUGGAGUAGUGGCCUGUCUACGGAGCAGCCACGCCGCGGGCAAGUCGGAGACCCCGGCUGACCUGGUGACCUCUGCGCUGCCGGUCAAGGUCGGGCCGGGGCCAGGGCCGGGCCCGGCACCGGGGGGUGCGGCGGGCUCUGCCCCGGCCUCCUACCGACCGCUGGACACCUAUCAGUGCGAGACAGAUGACAGAAACCCCGAUGUUGUGCCCACUGAGCAUGAAUACGGAGUUUCUGAGAUGACAGGAAUGACGCGUUAUCGUGCCGAAGAUACCGAAAUGAAUUCUUCCCUGCCUCCUUUCCGCACGUCGGGCUAUUCAGUUGAAAACGGCUGUGAGAAGCUGCACUCGACAUCAGCAUUUUCUGAGUUGACCCUCCCCCGCUGCCGUGGCGGCGAGCCCUACCCCCGGGAACGGCCCCAGCGGUACGGCGACGAGUACGACCGGCAGCACGACGGCGCCGUGCUCUACGCCACGCUACGCCGCGGCCGGGGCGGGUCGGACGCGUACAGCUCCCUAACACGUACUGUGCGCCCUGACACUGACCAAGAGAGUGUGGUGUGAUGGAAUAGGUCUCUGGUGGGACGAUGCUUCAGGAUGGUGGAAUGGUGAAGACUAAUGUAGCUAGGGCAGUGGCGUGAAUUUAUGAUGGAUUCCCGGCGGAAAAAAGGUGCAUCCAGUGCACCGAAGCGAGACAAAAUGUGUGGCGGAUAGGCUCUGAUGGAAAAAUGUAAAUGGUACUGCUGUUUGUCGUUGUUGGAAUGCUGAUGAGAUUCUGAACCAUGGCGGACACACGAGGCAUAAGUAGCCAAAGUUCGAUGGAUAUCAAACUCGGCUAUAGACACUCAGCCGGCCGUGAAUUGAAUUUCAAUUUACUCAGCGGGUAAAUUGAAGAGUGUAAACGUUUCAUGACGCUGCUUCCUUCGUUCACUUUUAUCGUUCAGGUGAACGGUGAUAAGUGAUGAUUAUAAUGCGUAUGACACUAAACGCUGACAAACGGAAAGCGAUGUGUGAUAGAAUGUAGGAUGUUCUGUGCACAUGGAAUCAGAAAUGUACAUAAUCAGCUCGGCGCGCACAGGUGGCGCGGGGGAACCAUGGACCCUAAGGUGGUGAAUUUGUCGGCGCCGCAUCACACCGAUUAUCAUGUUACAGAAGCUGCGUUACCAAAUGUGUGGGAUAAACCCAUAGCGACAUCAAAAUGUGCAGCACAUUUUUGUGCGAGAUACAUAACCAUCGAGAGUAAUGAACUUUGUGUGCUGAUCAUUUCUUAGUCAGUCAGAUGGUGUGGUUAAUGGCAUCAGUGCAGGAGAUCGAACAUUCAUUGUGAGUGUGUGGAUGUAAUUCGUCAUACUCGUUAUUCAUGUGUAAAAUAAACAAAUCUCUGUUA